UCCGUUCACCGAUGGGCGCCUAGAAGAGCAAUUCAUUUUGUUUGGGCCAUAAAAGGAAAUCGUGGCCGCCAGACCAGAACUUUGGUGCUCCGAUGUAUCUGCCAAGGAUAACAACCAGAGCUGGGAUCUUAUGUCGCCCUCCACGGAGAAUCCCCACUGGCCUGCGAGGGUUCCGUACUUCUCCGAUAGUUUCUCUGAACGCUGUCACCGGGGAUGACAUCAAGCAUUUCAAGUCCUUUUUGCCAGAUUCCGCAAUCAUCAGUACUUUGGCACCUGGUAAAGCAUCUAAUGAUGAUCUCGUUCCAUUCAAUCAUGAUUGGUUGGAAAAGUAUAUCGGGAAGUCCAAAUGUGUCUUAAAGCCACGUUCUACGGAGGAAGUGAGCAAAAUUAUGAAGCAUUGCUACGAGCGCCGGAUAGCGAUCGUUCCUCAGGGCGGCAAUACUGGUCUAGUGGGCGGAGGCGUUCCUACCGACAAUGAAGUCAUCCUCAACUUGGGAAACAUGAACAAUGUGCGCUCAUUCGACCCAGUUUCAGGUGUCUUGGUUGCCGAUGCGGGUUGCAUUCUCGAGAACCUCACGAAUUACCUUGAGCCUUACAAUCAUAUCAUGCCUCUCGACCUCGGAGCGAAGGGAAGCUGCCAUAUAGGUGGAAAUGUCGCGACGAAUGCUGGAGGGCUCCGCCUAUUGCGGUACGGUUCGCUUCGUGGGACCGUCCUCGGUCUGGAGGUUGUCCUACCGAACGGGGAAAUCCUUGGAGAGUUGAAAACACUGAGAAAAGAUAACACUGGCUACGAUAUCAAGCAGCUUUUUAUUGGGUCAGAAGGGACUCUAGGCGUCAUUACUGGCGUUGCCAUAUUAACACCACCAGCCCCAGCCGCAACAUCUGCUCUUCUCUUAUCCCUACCUUCAUUUUCGAAAGUCAAAGAAGUGUUCCGAACCACCAAGACUAACCUUGGAGAGAUCCUCUCCGCUUUCGAGUACUUUGAUCGGAACGCCUACGAUUUGGUGCGCAGGCAUACUGGGAAAGAUGCAUUGGACGAAGGCGAAGUAGGUGAUAGCGAAGCGUUUGUCCUCAUCGAGACUUCUGGCGGAAAGAGAGAGCAUGACGAAGCAAAACUGGAAGAGUUCUUAGAACAGAUCUACGCCAAAGAAGAUUUCAUCACAUCUGGCGUUCAGUCUCAAUCGCAGGACGAUUUUCUCUCACUAUGGUCUUUCCGUGAACUCAUUCCUGAAGCCGCGGGUAAGAUGGGUAAAGUGUACAAAUACGAUAUCAGCGUGCCCGUGUCCGAGUUCAAAGCGGUGACAGACACUGUGCGGAAGCAUUUGAAGGCUUUGAAUCUCAUCAGGGCUCCCGGGGAGGAGAAAGGUGGUGGGGCUAAGGUCAUUGAGGUAAUUGGGUAUGGGCACUUCGGCGAUGGUAACCUUCAUCUAAACGUGAUUGCGGAGGCUUUCACAUCCCAAAUCGAAGCCGCCUUGGAACCCUUCGUCUACGAAGUCGUCGAAUCACUCCACGGCUCGAUCUCAGCCGAACACGGCAUUGGUCUCAUGAAGACUCAUGCAUUGCAAUACUCCAAAGGAGAAGUGAGCAGGAGGUAUAUGAAACGAAUCAAGCAAGUGUUCGAUGAACGGGGGAUCAUGAAUCCUGGAAAAGUCUUCGAAAUUGAUUGAGCGAACAACCCCGCGCGCGGGGUCCAUCUAUUUCAGUAAUGAGAUUUGUCACGUUCAUUAAGAGACUGUGUAUGCAUUGGAAAGAUUGACUGAUGGCAGGAUAUGAAUUGGAAGAACUGUGCCAUGUUAACAGGUGGUAUAUUACUAGGUACACUUUCAGUUUAAUUCCUUUCUGAAUUCCGAGAGCGAGGAAUGGGUUGCUAGACCGGAUUGGGUAGGGUAUCAGAAGGCAGAA